GACCCAUUCAAUUCUUGCUCCCACUCUUCACAGCUAUCUUCUCUCACCUUCACAAGCACCACCAGAGCUGCUUCACCGAACACUCGCUCCCAAAACCAUUCAAAGAUAAAACGCCAUAUCACAUCGCUUUACUCUUCGCAAAUUCUUCCCAUUCAUCAUGCAUACCUCACUCUGCCUCAUCCUACUGUCUUGCGUACCUAGCAUUCUCGCGCAGGCAGUGGAAGAAGGCAUUGCCCCGUCCGCUCCACCGCCUCCUGGCUGUGAGCAGACUAUCGAAAGCAACUUCACCAUUGGCAUUGCUACCCAAUUAGGCUCUCAUGGCCGUCGUGAUUCUACAUCAGCGUUGACUGCAGGAGCACUUGAAGUCUCGUUAAAAGACGGCAUACUUCGCGAUCCAAUCGGCCGCAUCGGUGCCAUCGUUGCCAAUCGCCAAUUUCAAUUCGAUGGUCCUCCUCAGGCGGGUACAAUCUACACUGGCGGAUUUUCAGUUUGCGAGAAUAGCUCCCUUGCUCUGGGCGGCUCGACCGUAUGGUAUCGCUGUAUGAGUGGAGCUUUUGGCAAUCUCUACGACCAGAGCAUUGGGGACCAAUGCCACCAGGUUAGCAUCGUUGCAUCACUGCUCAACCCGCCAGCGCCUUUGAGUUCUUCGAUCGCUUCCACCAGCAUUGUCAGCACCGCCUCCUCCACCACUGCAAGUCCAUCUUCGACUACACCCCUAACGAAACAUUCAUUCGAGCCAAGCACUCUUUCAAUGUCAAUCUCUGCCUCAUCCAGCAGCUCAAAGAAUGGAACGAUCUCCACUGCUACCUUACCUGCUUCGACUUCCACCUUCACCGCAUCGACGGCCUCUACCCAAGACGUUCCCAAGCCAAGCUCCAUCGGAGAAACCUCACCGUCGGUGCCUACAGAAUCUUCUGGAGGCGCACAAUCAGUUGCAUUGCCGAAGAUGAUCAGUGCACUUAUCGGGAUACUCGGCGCAGCCGUUUUCCUAUGAGCAUCCCUCCCCACACCGCGCAACUUCCCUUGUACGAUAUUGCACAACUCUUGGUUUCGAUGAUAGAUCACCGACGAUCAGCAGGAGAUUGGAUAUGUGAGCAUCCACUGGAUGACGCUCACAAGUAGUAAAAAAGCAUACGGCCCUUUGUUCUUUAGUUCGGGCGUGCACAGUACAGUACACAUGUCAGCGAUUAUUU